CCACUUCCACAACUCCUCCGUAGUCAACGUCUCUCUCUCUCUCUCUCUCUCUCUCUCUCUCUCUCUCUCUCGGUUGUUACGAUACAAGCCCAAAGAAGAACCCCUUGGCGAAUGAUCCAAACGAAAACGAAGCGAAACCACACUCUCUCCCUCCCUUCCAAAUCCCUAAUCUCUUCGCAUGGCUCGGAGGCAAAGCGAGGCCAAUGGCGCCCGCAGAUCCCUCUGGGUCCUCCUAUUCAUGGUCUUCGUCUUCUGCUCCGUCGCUUACAUUGGCCUCUCGGCGGCGAUGAGGCCCCGGAGAGGCGAUUCCUCGUCCUCCGUCGUUGAUUCGGGUCGGGGGGCCAAGGAGGGGGCCAAGGAGGAGGAGGAGGAGGAGGAGGUGGGGAAGUGUUGUAGGGGGAUCGAGGGUUUGGAGCUGUGGGGUGCGGCGGUGAAGUGGGGCUCGGAUCACCGGUUUGAUUCGGCGAGGGGGUGUUGCCGCGCUUGCGAGGCGAUGUGCCCCGCGGCGUCGUCGGAUCGGCCGUGUCUCUGCAAUUCGUGGGUGUUCUGUGGCGAUCGGGCGCGUUGCGGGGAUCGAUUCGGCGAGUGCUGGUUAAAGAAGCAGGAGGAUGUGCUGUUUCCUGCAGUAGCAGCCAUCGGGGAGAAUGUUAUGUGGACUUCAGGGCUUAUUUUCGGGGAAGGAGAGGGCAUAAUUGGGCUUGAGACAGACUAUGGAACACUUCAUGUCAAACUUCUCCCUGCUUGUGCGCCACGUUCUGUCUCUUAUAUUUCUGAGCUCUUGCAAUCACGCCAUUCUGCUGGCUGUCAAAUUUACCGUGCCGAAGAUCGAGGAAAUUCUUGGGAUCUGAAUGGUUUUCACAUUGCAGAUGCUUCUUUUGGGCCUCCUUAUGCAUUGCUCCAAGGAACACUUGAAGGUGAAGGGAUCCCAUUCAAGAACAUACCUACGGAAGCAUGCCCAACUAUAAAGAGAGGGUCGGUCGCAUGGGUUGGUUCAGGCCCUGAAUUCUUCAUCAGCUUGGCAAACCACUAUGAGUGGAGAAAAGCAUACACUGUCUUUGGUUCGGUUUUACCCAAAAGCAUGGAGAUUGCGGAGAAAAUAGCAAGCCUUCCAACCAAGCCUGAUAUAUGGAAAAGUUUUAAUGUGUCGGUGCUCAAAAAGCCUAUCAAUAUCAAGAUCAAACGCAUCACAAAGGGCACAAAAUCUAGCUUUCACGAGUCUUAGAUGCUCCAAUUUCUCUUUCUUCUUUUAUUUCCUGAUUUACUGAUUUUUUUUGUUUCGCUCCCUAUUUUUGUCUAAUUUAAUUGGGGUUUCAAAUCAGAUGGAUAGUGUAUACAGAGAUUGAAGGAAUUAUACUUAUUGUAGGAGAAACACAUAGACAGCUCGGCAGAAACUUUGUAAAGAAAGAAAUGAGCAAUGGAAAGGAACAAGAAUUCGUUUA